AGUUGCCACGUCAGCAACCAGUCACCGCAGCCGCAGGUCACGUCAGUGCAUGGUGCUCACCCGCUCAAAGACAAGCGGCAUGGAUCAGCAGCCGGGAGAGACUACCGAGGCCUAUGAGACCCGCAUGCUGGACAUGGUAGCAGAGUUCAAGCAACGGGCAGCUGCGGCAACAUCCGCACGUAAGAAGAAAGAUGAGGAAGCAGAGGAACAGCAUCGCCUCGCUGAACAACGACAGGAGGACGCCGAGGCAGCAAGGAAGGCCGCCGACGAACGCCGUCGACUACGUCGAGACAAAAUCCUUGAAUCCAAGGGGGACAUCGAGGUGAUCGUCGGCGAAUGGGCAGUGGCUGCUGACGAGGAGGAUGGCCCCCCUGCUGUGUGUGGCCUUGCAACCACAAUCGAACAUGUGAGCGACUUGGUCGCCACCUGUGCAGCACAGCAAGAGGACAUCCUCUGCGUGGACACCCUGGUCCGGAAGCAGGCUCGACUUAUCGACGAACUGCUUGACCGGGUACGCCGGCUGGAACAGCAGCCUACAACAGCCACCCCCGCCGGACCCUCCAACUUGACGGACGGCGUCAAUGUCUUGGAAAUCGACGUCGGGACUCUCAAGGACGGCGCUCUAGCGACAAAUCAGCGGAUUGACCAGCAGAUUUGUGCCGCCGCAGCCAGCUGCUUGUCGGGACCGCAAUGUGCAGCACUAUGCGCCCAUCUCCACCCAUACUUAGCCUUCUAUGCACCACCACCUUCGCCAACGGAUGACGAAGUUGCGGUGGGGGACAUCCUUGCGUAUGUUAGCAAGGUGGCCCGCGAGUUUCGCAUGCAGCAGUACGAUGAUAACAACGCACCACUCCUUUAUGUCCGCAUCCAAGUUGGGCAAGCGUCCUGCAACGCUUUGCUGGAUAGCGGCGCGACUCGCAAUUUCAUCAUCCAUUCCUUUAUCCAAAGGGUCGGCCUUGGCGCACAAGUUCGAAGGAAGCCAAACCCGACGGUGAUCAAGUUGGCGGACGGUCGGACGCAACAACUCCUCGAUCACUACGUUGAAGUUAUGCCGGUUUAUUUCGCACCUCAUGCACGUGAACCGGUGACGUUUAACGUCUUGGACACGGACUUCAACAUCAUUUUGGGGAUGCCUUGGCUUGCAAGUGCAGCUCACACGGUUAACUUCCAUCAACGGACGCUUACCGUUCGAGAUGCCUUCGGCGCCAAGGUGUCGUGUACCAUUCCUCUUUCGCACCCCUCGAUCCGGUGCCAAGUUGUAACGGCCAAGUCUUUUCAGGCCACUUGCGCUUACAAGCGAACCGGUGAGAUAGGUCUAUGCUUUUUACGAGCCGUCGCGACGAUCGAAUCUUCACCUACGGACUUGUCUUCCGACCCCCGAGUGGUGCGGCUGCUCGACGAGUUCAUCGACAUCUUCGAGUCUCCUACCGGUGUGGUGCCAGAUCGGCCGAUCUCCCACGAGAUCAUUCUUGAGGCCGGUGUCGUGCCGCCGAAAGGAUGCAUCUAUCGCAUGAGCGAGGAAGAGCUCGCGGUUCUCUGCGCGCAACUCGAUGAUCUGUUGGACAAGGGUUGGAUCCGCCCUAGUGGCUCACCAUACGGACCUCUUCCGCGGAUUGACGACCUUCUCGAGCAUUUGGGUGACGCGAAAUUAUUCUCGAAGUUGGACUUGAAGUCGGGCUACCACCAAAUCUCGAUACACCAACAAGAUCGCUACAAAUCCGUGUUCAAAACGUGGUACGGACAUUUUGAGUGGGUCAUUAUGCCUUUUGGCCUCACCAAUGCCCCAACGACUUUUCAAACGGCAAUGACCAACGAGUUUCGUGCGAUGUUGAACUGGUUCGUGCUAGUCUACUUAGACGACAUUCUCGUCUAUAGCGGGACAUUGGAGGAUCAUCUUGAGCACCUUCGACGAGUGUUGGAGAUGCUCUGCCGGGCCAAGUACAAAGCCAACCGCGACAAGUGCGAAUUUGUCCGGCAAGAGCGGGAAUACUUGGGCCAUUUUGUCACACCGGAAAGCAUCAGUCCGUUGUCAGACAAGAUCCAAGCCAUCCAAGAGUGGCCGAAGUCGAAGAACGUCACAAAUGUCCGUUCCUUCCUUGGCUUAGCCGGCUACUAUCAACGCUUCAUCAAGGGAUACUCGAAGAUCGUGGCUCAUUUAUCCAAGCUCCAAUGCGAGGAGCUGCCAUUCGACUUCGACGACAAUGCGUGGACUUCCUUUUCGGCCCUCGAAGCCGCAUUGCUAUCCGCGGAGGUGUUGCGCAUCUACGAUCCACUUUCGUCGAUACGUGUCACUACCGAUGUGUCUGGCUAUGGCAUUGGUGUCGUCCUUGAGCAACAUGAUGAUGUGGACUGGCACCCGAUCGAGUACUUUAGCAAGAAAGUGCCCGCAGUGCACUCGAUUGACAACGUACGAAAGAAGGAAUUAUUGGCUUUCUUGCGACCAUUACCAGUCCCCUUGCGCCGAAGGGAACGGAUUGCCAUGGACAUUAUCGGGCCGUUCCCCAAGCACAAAACUGGUAUGGAUGGGAUUCUCAUGGUGGUCGACCGACUCACCAAGUUCGCCAUGUUUUUGCCUUGCCGCUAUCAUGCCAAGGCACCGAAGUUGGCCGAGGUUCUCCUUCACACUCUCAUCCGUCCCGACCAAAAGGAUUGGGUUGAGCGGCUGCCAGAUGUCGAGUUGGCAUACAACUCAUCCAUCCACCCGACUAUCGGGAUGUUGCCCUUCGAGUUCGAGCACGGUUCGCCGGUCACUUCUCCGUUGGACACAAUCAUUCCACAGGCGGCCGAGAGCGACGACCAUCUUCUCUUCAUUCGUCAGAUGCAAGAGCUUCUUGUCAAGGCACGCGACCAGAUGGCAAAGACGCAGCAACGCAUGAGCCAACAAGCCAAUCGCCAGCGUCUUCCCUGUCCAUUCCGCGCUGGCGACCUUGUCUGGGUUUCCACCGCGGAAUUCAGCCUGGAACAAGAUCUCUUGCAAGCUCCUCCCGAAAUGGAUGGGGCCUGGCCGAUCGUGGCACCCGCGGGGGAUGCACCCGAAGGACCUUCCUUUGUCAUUCAGGUGCCCGCCCACUUGCCCGUCUACCCGGUCUUUCACUGCUCCAAGUUGGCUCUUUACACGCCAGCGGAACAUGACGACUUCCCCGGGCGACGAUCGCAAGACCCACCCUCAGUGGACGGUUUUCAAGAGGUUGGCGACAUCAUCUCUCAGCGACGCUACGGCAACAGGCCAACCGAGUACAUGGUAUACUUUGCGUACUGCACCCACAAAGCUGACCGUUGGUUGACCCGUGCGGAACUCCAAGCAACAGCUUCAGAUGUUCUCGCAAGCUACGAACGCAAAAUGCAAGGCAAGCCAGUAUCUUCGGCUCCACGUCGCACCCGCGUCCAGGUUCCACCUUCAGAUCGUCAGCUUCGCCCUUGACCCGGCUUGACUUCAUAAGAAGGCGGCGGUGUUACAUGCUGCGCCUACAACAAGGGCCAUUUUCAAAAAGAAGUAAACUGAGUCCAACAAAGCUCUCCUACAGAC